AGGCAGUAAAAAUGGAGUUGAGGCGAUAUUAAAGUGUGUCUCGGUCGCCAUGUUUAUAAACACUGUACGGUUUUUUACACGGAGUGAGGGUUUUAUCAUGAGGUUAUUAUAGGAUUAGAGCUCAGAGAUUAAAGUAAAAUCAAACCUAACUCUCCGGUAGAGUUCAGUGCUCACUCACUUACUGCUUCGUUUCAUAUUAACGUAAAAAAAACACACGGCGCUCGUGAACGCGCUUCAUGGAGGCUUCGGUCCGCUGAGUCUCGUGCACGCGCACCGCCUGGAAUCCUUCGAGCCGCGGUGUCGUGCAAGACGUGCGCGGACGAUCGGAUUCAUAAGCCAUGUGAGCCGUUAACGCACGCGCUCACCAUGGUAUGUAGAUCAGCGGGAGGGGGGGCGUGAGCGCAUCAUGAAGGUGACGUAAGCGGGUUCGCUGUUUGUUUGUGUAGCUUAAUGGUGAAAAUGGCGGUGCGGGGAGAGAGAGAACCCGAGCACUGCGAGGAUUAAACACACGAAUAAUGCCUCGCUUAGGGUGACAGCGUGCACGCGACUCACGGCGACAGACGCACGCACGGACGUUUCCAGCGCAGGAUUUAUCUUCACUUCCGGCUUUAGUGCAAGACGCGAAGGGAAAACGAGCUGCGUCCUGGAUUUCAAGUAGCUCUCGGCUAACUCCGUUAGCCUGGUUAGCCUUCAACUAGCACACGCAACCUUAUUGGCUAAAGCGUGAUGUAGCCACAGCUCGUGCAAAAACAAACAACGCAAAACUUUCCGUGUGUUCACGGAAUUAUAAUUUACACACGCGCGGUGUCGGAUUAAUAGCGCGUGCAACAACAACAAUAAUAAUAAUCAAUCAAUCAGACAGAACUGUAGCGCGCGCGGACCUGCGGCUUGCAAAACAUUUGCAUUAAACUGAAUGCAGGACUGAGCUCUCCAUCUAAGCAGGUUGUGUUCAGUGUGUCAUUGUUUCCCGGCGGACGCAGUGGGAUGGUGCUGCAUGACAGCGAGGGCAUGGCACUGUAGCCACACUGACUCGCGCCUCUGUUCGUCCUUCACCAUCACACCAGGCCGGUGCCCUGGACCACACACAGCAGCUUUCCCUCCAUGAGCACCUUCGCAUGAGCUCAUAAUGAGUGCCUCAGGUGAGAGUGGCCUGGACCCCGCCCCCCCGGAGUCACGCAAGAGGAAAGGCUCUCCCUGUGACACCUCUGGACCCAGUGGGGAGAAGUGGCGCAGGGAGCUGGAGUGUCGCUACAUCGACGAGCUGGCUGAGCUGCUGUCAGCUAACAUGGGUGACCUCGCCAGCCUCAGCGUGAAACCUGACAAAUGCCACAUUCUAAAGAGCAUGGUGGAGAAGAUCCAGCAGAUCAAGAGGCGGGAGCAGGAGAAAGUAGCUCUGAUGUCCCCUGACGAUGAGGUGCAGAAGAGUGACGUGUCCUCCAGCAGUCAGGGCAUGGUGGAGAAGGAGGCUCUCGGUCCACUCCUCCUGGAGGCUCUGAACGGCUUCUUCUUUGUGGUGAACCGUGAGGGGCGGAUUGUGUUCGUAUCCGAGAACGUCACAAACUACCUAGGUUACACCCAGGAAGAGCUGAUGACUUCCAGUGUCUACAGCAUCUUGCACGUUGGCGACCACAACGAGUUUGUGCGCAACCUACUCCCCAAAAGCUUAGUUAACGGCGUGCCAUGGCCACAGGAGCAGGGGCAGAGGAACAGUCACACGUUUAACUGUAGACUUCUGAAAAGACCUCCAGAUGAAGCAGAUGCAGAAAACCAGGAGGCACGUCAGCAGUACGAGCACAUGCAGUGUUUCACCGUCUCUCAGCCCAGAGCAGUGCAGGAGGAAGGAGAUGACUUGCAGAGCUGCCUGAUAUGCAUUGCGUGCCGUGCGCCCCGAGUGCCACCGAUUCAUGUCAGUACAGAGUCCUUCAUCACCAAGCAGGACCCCACAGGGAAAAUCAUCUCCAUCGAGACAAGUGCUCUGAGAGCGACAGGCCGGCCAGGCUGGGAGGACCUGGUCAGGAAGUGCAUCUAUGCCUUCUUCCAGCCACAGGGCAAAGAACCCUCCCAUGCCAAGAAGCUGCUACAAGAGGUGAUGACCCAUGGUUCGGCCGUCAGCCCUCUGUACCGUUUCACUCUUAGUGACGGGACGCCCCUCAGUGCACAGACUCGCUGCAAGUUCUGCUGCCCUCCCAACCCCGAUGUACAGCCAUUCAUCAUGGGCAUCCACACUAUCGACAGGGAAAACAACACUGCUAGCUCUCAGGAAAACACUACCCAUAGCCUCUUGUCCACACCAGCUGCCCCGGCUUGCUCUCCUGCCCUGCAGUCCUCUGGUGAAGUCAGUCUGCACCACAACAAUGCCAACGGAGGCACAUCUGGCCCUGGCACGAACAUCCCCAGUCGGAUUGCACCUCCUCAGCAGGGCAGUAGUCUGUCGCCACUGGGCAGCCCCCUCACAGCCACCCCUACCUCGUUCAUGUCUCCUCGGCCUCCCCGAGCCAGCCCGGGCCUGGCAAACAGCCCACGUGUCUCAGGCCACCCAUUUUCACCACCAACACCUGGCAUUCACUCUCCUGCUGGAACACUGGCACGGCAGCAUUCAGGCGGUGAUGGGUUGCCUUUUUCUCUUCCUUCCCCGCUGGCCAGGCAGACUCCCACGCCCAGCAGCUCACCUGCACGUCCUCUUCCGGCUAAGCUGCCUGAGCCGGGCCACAACGACGAACCCAGAAGUGCUAACCCUAAACUCGGCCAGCUUCUGGACGGCACGGGAUGCUCCACAGACCACGAGACCUCACCUGCAUCUCAGAGUCGCUUGGCACCCGCUGGCCAGUGUCCAGCAUCCCACAGCACGCUGACAGAGCGCCACAAGAUCCUGCACCGCCUGCUCCAGGACAGCCCUGCCGAAGGCACCAACGAGCCCGAGAUCAAGAAGGAGGCGUCCGCCGGUAGCCCAAGAGCUGGUCUGGGACUGCCACCUGCCAUAGGAAAUGCUAAACAGCAGCUGCAACAACAACAGCAGCAACAACAACAACAGCAACAGCAACAGCAGCAGGACCACCAGCUUCUCCGCUUCCUGCUCGACACAGAUGAGAAGGACCUGGUAGACCUGCCCCCUGCAGUGCUAAGCCUGGACACAGUGCGCGUCAAAGCUGAGAACAAACAAGGAGACGAAAGUGGGCAGUGUAGCACUGCUACACCUCCUGCUCCACAAGUCACAUGCUCAUCCAAAUCCAGUGAUAAGCCAAGUCCGCAGUUUCCUGGUGCUGAUCUGCAUCCGUUGAACCAGGUACUGCCCACCCUCAGACCUGUGGGGGAGAAGUCGGUGGAUGAAUCGGGGCUACCUCAGCAGGGUGGUGACGGCGUUCCCAUUGGUGUGAGCGUGAAACGUGAACCACCUGGAACACCGAGCCGUGUGUUCCCUGAUGGCUCUAGUCUCCAGAGUCAGUCUCCCUUUGACUUCUGCAGUCCCUCCACACCCACCCAGGCUCAGAGCCAGGUUCCUGCUCCAGUCCUGGGGCAGAUUGACCCCUUUCAGCUGUCCAAGGAGAGCAGUAGCCCCUUCAGUGACCCCUCCAACAUCAGCAUGUUUAACACCAACACAGGCCUACCAAAGCUCGACAUUCCCGAGUCACAGCAGUUCCAGCCCAUGUCUCUGGCUGAUUCCAUGCCUUUUGACGGCACUCUGGGGAACCAGGCUAAUGCUCCUAUGUCCUCACCUCAGGAGCAAUGUGUUCCGUGUCCCCUGGAUGAGAUGCUAGUCCCACCCACUACUCUGGAAGCUCAUAACGAUGAGAAGGUCCUGCUUGAGCAGCUUUUGUCUUUUCUGAGUGGCACAGAUGAAAGUGAGCUUGUGGAGCUCGACCGGGCGCUGGGCAUCGACAAGAUAGUACAAAGCGGAUGCCUGGAUCAAAUCACCCAGCGCUUUGCCCAGCCUCAGCCCUCAACCCCUCUGCCCAGUUACCCGUCCCAGUUCCCCAACUCUCCUUCACAGUUUUCAGCUGAGAUGAACACGACACAGGGGAUGAAUUUCGGAUCGCCGCGCGGCUCCUUCCCCGGCAAUGUGGGUAUGAGCCAGAUGCGGCCUGGAAUGAACCGGGCACCAGUGAUGAGCUCUCAGAUCCGCCUGCCACCAAACCAGCUGAGACUGCAGCUACAGCAACGUGUACAGGGGCCUCAGCAGAUGCAGAACAGGUUGGCGGCCAUGAGCCAGUUUCCACAAGGGGUACCUGUUGCAAUGGGGGUAAGACCAGGCCUGUCUCAGCCCCAGAUGCCCUCUCAGCCCCCGCUAAACGCUCAGAUGCUUGCUCAGAGGCAGAGGGAGCUCUACAGCUUCCAGCACCGCCAGAGGCAACUACUGCAGCAGAAGGUCAUGAUGAUGAGGCAGGGAAUGAACCCCGGGCCCAUGGGAGCCCAGCGUCUCCCCAAAGGCCCUCAGCAGCCACAGCAGCAAGCGCAGCAGUUUGGCUACACACCAGGCUACAACACUGUGCCUGGAAGCACUUCUACCUCCCCCAGCCACUUCAGCCCCAUGGGGACACCGAUGGACCCCAAAAUGUCUGCCAGGCUGCCAAUAGCUAACAACCAAGGCAUGAUAGGAGGCAUGCAGGGGCAAUUUGGGGCACCGGUCAACGCUCCUGUUCAGCAGGGGCUCUUCCAGCAGUUUGGGGGUGCAGGUAUGGUCCAGCAAGGAGAUCCAUCAUUCAACCCUGAGCUCGGCCCCACCAGCCCCUUGCUGUCACCACAGAACCCAACCUCCCAGAGUCCUCUGCUUCAGCAGACUCAGCCCCCACCUGGCUACCAGUCACCUGACAUCAAGAACUGGCAAGGAGGCGUGACUAACAGUUUGUAUAACCAGCCUGGUCAGACUGGCUCACAGAGUUUUGGACAGCAGGGUGUGUACAACAACAUGAGUAUCACUGUCUCCAUGGCCGGAGGCUCGGGAGCCGCGGGUUCACUACCUCCUAUUGGACCACCGGUUGCCAUCGGCAACAACAGCCUUGGCAGUGUCGGCUCUAUGUGUAAUGAUCAGGUACAACAGGUUCAAGUGUUUGCCGACGUCCAGUGCACGGUGAACCUAGUUGGGAGUGACUCCUACCUGAAUCAGCCCGGCCAAGUAGGCCACCAGAAGCCCCAGAGCAGCACCAGCACUUCCCAGUCACAGCAGAAGAGUCUCUUACAGCAGCUCCUGACUGAGUGACCGUGACUCUCUCUCACACACACACACACACUCAGACAUACAUACACACACACCUCUAUGUAGAGACAUCCCUAACAUCAGUUUCUGUUCGUCACCAUUCUGGUUUGUGUUUGGGGGAACAGCUGCUGAGUUCAGGACGUAUGGUCCGGGUUGUCAGACGGCUGAAGCAGCGCUCAUUCCUGCUCACCUACAUUUCAAAGUCUGCUUCCUCAAUAGGGUUCAAAACAAGCGAUUAUAAUGAUCACGUUCCAGAAAUUUGCCAAGUUCUGUAAAAGGACCUGCUGCUUUCUCGCCAGCUCACAUCCCCUAACUAGGCCAUCGGCACCGUGCUUCAUGGAAACUGGGGCAGGGACUUGCUGCAGUUAUCUGUGUGAGCCUCGCCAAUGGGACAGCGCUCGGGAGUGUUUAAGUUCUCUCGCACUGGACAGCUCAGUUUCAGCUGGAUCUGUGACUGAUCAGCUCUCCUCACACAAUGGGGAGUUUCCCAGCGUUACAUUUUUCUCUCUCUCUCUCGACCGAUUUCCUCAAUGAGUUUUAUUUUCUUUCGUUGCCUGUUUUGUCAGAACAAGCAUCACCAGGUUGGGAGAAACAUCUCAGAUCUACUACAAGCUUUCCUGGGAGAACUCGUUUUAAAAUGGCAGACAUUUUGAAAACAAGCAUAAACAGAUGUCCCAGACAUCCCUCCACCCACCUCUCAGCAGCUGUGAAUACGAGCCACUUUAAGGUCACAUCAGCCUAUCAGUGUUGUUUGCCAUGUGUAUUGUACAGGUUGGUAUUAUUGUACAGCACAACCGGGGACAAAGGUCAGGACGAGCUCACACACGUUCUGAUUUCAGUUUGGAAAAACCUUGUGGAAUCACUCUACAGCCAAACGUCAUGGGUUUCAAACUGGCUCUCUUCUUUUAUAGCUUACAAGGACGUGUUUUUUUUGUUUUGUUUUUUUUCUUUUUCUUCUUAUUUUAAAAGAAUGAUGUUUGAAAUCAAGAAAUUGUAUGUACUAAGUAACAGCUGAAUAUGACCCGGGGAGGUGUCCCGCUCUCACGUCAUGAAGGAAAGGGAAAAGAGAGGUCUUGCAAAAUUAUAUAUAGAAAUAUAAAUAUAUAUAUAUAUUUUUUUUUUCUGAUCGAUAUUAAUAUGCUUUGUGUCUUCUGGCACACAUGUUACGGUCCCCAAAUUCUCUUGUAUUAUACAUGAUAAGGUAAUGAAGCUUAUUAUAAAUUAUCUGAACUGAUUUUGAGAAUUCAGUGGCGUUUACUUGCUUUGUGUUCAGACAGAACUCCCAAGUCGCUUAUUUCCGGCUCUGUCAGGACGCGUCGUCGUCUCCUCUCUCGCACUGCGUCCUCCGGCUCUUCGACUGCUCACGUGACUACUGUUUGCCCAGUCAGACACUGUUCUUCAUCAGCAUUGCCUCACCUCGCCUCCUCACUCGUCCCUCCACCUGUCCUCCUCCAUAUCCUCUUUAUUUUUAAUGUUUGGGGUUUUUUUUUUUUUUAGCCUCACAGUGGAGCACAUAGACAAGUUUAUGGAUUUGGGUUUCAGCCUGUAAGAUCAUCAUUGGAUCAGAUCGUUAAUAAGCAGAGAGAUGAAGAAUCGGGGGGGGGGGGGGGAUAGUCAGAUAAUAUAGAGAUCUAUAUUUAUAAAUACGCCUGUGGUCCAAAUUUGUCUCCAUGUACACACACCCAAAGUAUCUCAAAGAAGUAUCUCAAAGAUGUUAUAAAAGCCCCUCCCCCACCUGCUUCUUCAUCCUACACUCACACCGUCACUCCUCUUCACCGGUCUGUUUGUUUACUCAGAUCAACGCCUCGUUCUACCUUUUUUUUUUUAAAAGCUCAAUCCCACACCAGGAUGAACUGCUGCUUUCUUCCAGGCUGCAUGUCGGCGAAGCGGCGAGUUCUUUCCCGAGCCUCUCGUUCCAUCAGAGAACCUCAGACAUGCUCCAGGACAUCAGCCAGCUGGAGAACGUGAUGAGACGGGUGAGGAGGAACGCUCUGGUCAGAUGUUUGCUUCUGCUUCACAAAGGCAUUCCUGUAGAACGAUGUCUUUAGACAUUACGUGCCAGUUAAUCAGGUACUUUUCUUCUUGUUUUUACCCUUCGAUCCGAUUCCCUUUCGCACCGUUUCUGAGAUGCCAAAUGGUCCGUGUUCGAACGCAGUGCCUCUUAACCACAGCUUUCUCUUUAUUAACUCUAAUAAACGGCUCCUGGUCAGUUCCACUCCAAGGUACAAUGGUUUAUCCUGUAAAUAACAAGACAAAUGUGAAUAAUGUAUUUGUUCCGAGUCAACAAUAUUGUAGUGCUCCGACUUCUUUGUGGUAAUAACUACUUUCUUCCAUGUUUUUUUUUUUGUUUGUUUGUUUUUGUUUUGUUUUUUGGGAUGUUUUGAUGACUGUCUGAAAGUAUCUCUGUGUGGUUAAUACUGUAUAUCAGAUGUUUAAAAAUGGAAAAACGUCCUGAUUUCUUUUUUUUUUUUUUUCCUCCUGUUUCCAUACCUGUGUCUUUCCUUCGGGUUUCAGAUCUUUUACGUGAGAAUGAAUUUAGCGACUGCUGAAUGUGACUUUACUGAGAGAGAAGCAGCAUGGUCUCGCUUUUGUACGGGUUAAUUUAAAAAAAAAAAAAAAAAAAAAACAACUAAAAAAAAUCUUAACAAAAAAAAAAAGGCCAUAUUAUUUAAUUUUUUCCAUCAAAGGUUUAAACAGCUCUGAGGAAGUGGAACCUUGGUUUGAUGUGAACGGGCUUCAGACUUCAUUUGCCACAAGGUGUUUUGUUUUUCUUUUUUCGCAAGGAAUAAUGACCAAAGCUUCGAUUAUCAAAAAAAUCUUAUAUGCAAAGCUCAUGCAAUUGGAUAGAAUUAAUGUAGCAUCAUUUAUCUUCAGUCAGACGGCACAGACUUUAGUGUAAUAGAUUUAGUAAAACACUACGAGACCGGAGCAGGCUGCGGGCUGAGCUCUGGACUACUACUGUGGGGUUUGCGUUUUUUUGUUUUGUUUUGUUUUGUUUUGUUUUUAAACACAGCCCUGUCGUACACAGAAAUGUCUUUCGGGGAAAAACUUAAUCACUGUUUUCAGGAAGAGAAAAUGUACUACAGCGAGCUAUGCACCUUAACUCGAGACCCGGUUCCCAUUUCUGCUCCCGGUUUAUCCGUUCGUUCGUGUUCAGCUCUCAGAAAGAUCUGAUUUAUGGUUUAAAACAACAAAAAAAAAUCCACACUGAUGCAAGUAUUCUUAAAACUUUUUGCUUUUAUUUAGUGAAAUUCUUUCUACCAGAUCGGAGGUGCCUGUUGUAUAUAUAUUUUAGUCGCGGAGGAGACGCUUUCCUCUCGUCUGUGGAUUUUUCUUGUCGACGGAUUUUCUUAUAUAUCAACGACCUUUGUAAGAAAACGUGUUUGCUGUACUUUACAUAUUUUUUUUUACUCAACAAAAAAAAAACAAUAAAAAAAAAAUAAACCAAAAAAAAACAAAAACUAAGUUCCAGGAAUUUGCAAGGAAAACAAUCUAGUUUUGCACUUUAUAAUUCAAUUCAAAGGAAAGAGGCCAUCGUUAGGAAAAAACCUACAACAUUAAAAAAAAACAAAAAAAAAACAGAGUCCGAAACUACACACGUCCCCUGAAUGUAACAGAGCAGAGCGUCGAUUUGCUUUUUUGAUGUCAAACUUGGAAGUUUCUCAGGUUCUUCAGAAAGAACUAAGCAGUAGCCCUUCAUCGUCAUCGGCGAGCGAGCAGGGUAUCCUCACUUUUCCGCUACGUUUAAGUGUUCUCCUUGUAAUUGCUGCGAAGUUUUUUCCAAACUAUGCCAAUGUUCUUCAGGUGCUCCACUCCUCCAUCUCUCUCACGCUUAUGUUCCUCAGACAUUCCUCAAACAACUGCUUUUAAACUCAUCACACCGAGAUGCGAUCCAGACCCACACCGCACUGCGCCGGGUCGUCGUCGUCUUUCCCUCGUCUCCGCUCUACUCUGUCGGCACUGCUGCUUGAGCGAGAUCUUUUUGCUGCCUUAUUCAUACACAUUUGUCGCAGUGGCAUAAAAAAAAACUCUGCUGAGACGCUCCGGUUACUCAAAGCGAGGUUCCACUUUUCAACUGUCAAAUUAAUAUAAAUAAGUGUGUGUGUAUAUAUAUAUAUAUAUAUAUAUAUAUAUAUAUAUAUAUAUAUAUAUAUAUAAAAAUCUAUAAAUAACUAUACAUUUUUAUUCAUUUUGUCCAGUUUGUAUAAUACCAGUUUGUGAAUUAAAUUUUUUAUUUUUUAUUUCCUCGAGAGGCUUCGCUGCAGCUGCGUCGGGAUUUUUAUGAACGAAAUCUGUGUCUGGGAGAAAUUCUGCAUGUUAGCAUGAUUUAUUUUCCUGUUUGUUUUGUUUCUUCUAUCCAGGAGUGUCUUGGAAAUAAAAAAAAUAUAUAUAUAUUGUACCUUUCUUAGGACGUUGUAGACAAUCAGUCACAUGCUGGGUCCAGUAGCUGCAGGUUUGUCCUGCAGGCUGCAAAACUGUCGUCGUUUAGUUUGGUUUAUUUUUUUGUUUUGUUAUUUUUUUUUUCCUCAUCUACUUCAGUCUUAUUUCUCUUGUCCAUUUCAUGGAAAAUGUGGCUGCUCAAAACUAAACUAGUUUACACUAGUGUACACACACACACACACCUCUUGUGCAUAAGGCCCCUUCUGUUGCUUGUCUACGGUGAUGAUGCAGACCUUGAAGGACGUGAUGCUUUGACUAACAAAUCUCUAUAACAUCCAUGAAUGUGAGAAUGCAACACAUUGCAAUAAAAGCACCAUGUAAAAGUG